GGUUUGAGCAGCAGCCGGUCAGUAGGCGUUAUCAAUGGGAAGGAACUAGAGAGGCGUCCGCAGCCAAGUCCGUCGCCGUGUUCUGUCGACACUAAUAAGUGCGCCACAGAUUGGAACCUUAACCCGUGUCAGGAUGUCCGCCAUGUAUCGCCUGAAGCAAUGCUACCCAAAAGGAAUUAGCAUUUCUAACCUCCACACAAGCAGCCAGGCUUGUGCUAUAGAGCAUUUCAAAAUGCUUGUGCUUGGAGGAGGAAGUGGGGGGAUUGCAAUGAGCGCUCGGAUGAAGAGAAGGUUUGGAGCAGAUAAUGUGGCUGUUGUGGAGCCUGCAGAGACCCACUACUACCAGCCCAUUUGGACCUUGGUGGGAGCUGGGGCCAAAACAUUGGCCUCCUCGGGUCGCCCCACAGCCAGCGUUGUGCCCUCCGGAGUGAAGUGGGUGAAAUCCAGAGUCCAGGAGAUCAACCCAGACUCAAACACCGUGAUCACAGACGAUGGGAAAGAGAUAUCCUACGAGUAUUUGAUUGUUGCCCUCGGUAUCCAACUCCAUUAUGAAAAGAUUAAGGGUCUGCCGGAGGCAUUUGACCAUCCAAACAUUGGCUCAAACUAUUCAAUCCAAACUGUGGAGAAGACAUGGAUAGCCCUACAGAACUUCAAGGAGGGAAACGCCGUCUUCACCUUCCCCAACACGCCGGUGAAAUGUGCAGGAGCUCCACAAAAGAUCAUGUACCUCGCAGACUCUUACCUACGAAAGACAGGGAAAAGGGAAAAGGCCAAAAUAAUAUACAACACUUCACUACCGGUGCUGUUUGGGGUCAAGAAGUACGCUGAUGUUCUGUGGGAGAUAGUGAGAAGCCGGAACAUACAAGUGAACCACAGGCAGAACCUCAUUGAAGUGCGGGCCGACCAAAGGGAGGCUGUGUUCGAAAAUCUUGACAAUCCUGGUGAAACCAACGUUGUACAGUAUGAACUGCUUCACGUCACACCACCAAUGGGGCCGAUACAGGUGAUCAAAAGUAGCUCAUUGGCUGAUGAGGCUGGUUGGCUCAAUGUGGACAAGGAAUCCCUCCAACACAAGAACUACCCCAACGUGUUUGGCAUUGGAGACUGCACUAACCUGCCAACAGCCAAAACCGCAGCUGCAGUGGCUGCACAGACUGCAAUCCUGGACAGAACUAUUAGCAAGGUCCUGAAAAACCAGAAGCCUGAUAGAAAGUACGACGGCUACACAUCCUGUCCCCUGGUGACGAGCUACAGCACGGUGGUUCUGGCCGAGUUCGACUACACCGGACAGCCACUGGAGACCUUCCCUGUGAACCAGGGCAAGGAGAGCAGGAUAAUGUACCACAUGAAGGCAGACCUCAUGCCCCACAUAUACUGGCAGGGGCUGCUCAAGGGCUUUUGGGGGGGACCAGGACCCUACAGAAAACUGCUUCACCUUGGAAUGAAAUAAGAAUUGGCUCUGGAUGUGUCGACAUUCACAUCGUUGUGAUGAAGAUCGUUUUCCUAUUUUCAAUGUUGUCUUAAACUUUAUUCAGAUAUUUUUCAUGUUUCAAUGUUUUAAAUGCCAUUUCCAUGCAGUAGUAAGCAUAAUAGCUGGUGUAUAAAUCAUAUUACAUAUGUUGUCUCAAACUCAGGUCCUACCGAAACAGUGAAUGGUCAACUCUAAAACCACAUGUAACAUUAACACACGUUGCAAUAAACGAACAGCACAACUACAAUCCCCUUAUCAGCAUGCCCUGGUGUGUGUUGAUUCAUGUCAGAACUUUUGACUCUAGAGCGCAACAUGCAU